AUGAAUAAAAUAGCAGAUUAUGAUAAAGUUAAGGCCAUUUUUGAUGGAAAAGCUAUUGAAUAUGAUAAACAAUUUAAUCUGUUUACAAAAUCUCUUUUUUCAACUUUUAUGAUAGAAAUUCAUGAAUUCAAGGCUUGUUAAGAAUACUAGUAAUUCAAAUGCCUUAGCUAUUUUUGA